AUGAAUUUCCGGCCUACAGCAUCUACUCUGGACAGGAGUGUGGAUACACCACUGGCGUUGUUGCCUGAUGCACCUCCUUUGGAAGAGGACACGGUCCACUGUCAGAACUGGCAGGAGACAGUGGAGCCGCACACACUCGCCUCUCUCGGCUCCCGGGAGAUCGAACGGCAGGCUGUCAUAUAUGAGCUGUUCACAACGGAAGCGUCUCACCUGCGGACUCUCAGGGUUCUCGAUCAGGUGUUCUUCCAGAAGAUGAGGAACCUUUUGACCGUCGAAGAACUUUCCUGUAUCUUCCCCAACCUGCCCCAGGUCUACAGUCUUCAUGCGAAUCUGUGUGAGUCCAUGAAGAGGCUGAGGGACUCUCCUAUAGUUCAAGGCAUAGGAGACAUCAUGGUGUCUAGAUUUGAAGACGCUGCAGGAGAGGAGUUCCAGGAGCAGGUGUCUCACCUGUGCAGUCAGCAGAGUCAGGCACUGGAGCUCAUUAAAAAUAAACGCAAAGACCCGCGUUUCGCGCACCUUAUACAGGAAUGUGAAGCCAGCCCUCACUGCCGCCGACUACAGUUAAAGGACCUUCUAGUGUCUGAGAUGCAGAGACUCACCAAAUACCCCUUGCUGCUGGAUAACAUCAUCAGACACACAGAAGCUGGUUCUCCAGACCUGCAGCCAUUGCUGAGGGCACAGGCGUGCUGCCGUGGGAUACUACGAGCUGUCAAUGAGGUCGUCAGGGAGACGGAGCACCGGCGACAGCUCAGCCGUUAUCAGCGCAGGCUAGACUUGUCCCCUCUGGAGAGGCAGGCCAGUCCUGUCGCUGCUCAGUUCAAGAAUCUGGACCUGACCACUAAAAAACUGAUCCACGAAGGACCGUUGACUUGGAAAGUUAACAAAGAUAAAGCUAUAGACAUUCAUGCUCUGCUUCUCUCAGACAUGUUGGUGCUACUCCAAAGGGGUUCAGGUGACCGUUUGAUCUUGCGAUGUCCAGCGCGCUCACUGGGUGGGGUUUGGGGUAGGAACACGGACCUCAAAACCCCCUUUUGCCCCGUUGUUCGCUUGGAUUCAUCUCUUGUCAGAUCUGUGGCUACAGAUAACAAGGCCUUGUAUGUGAUCAGUACAUCAGAGAGACAGAUAUACGAGCUGGUGGCUGGGACUUCCUCUGAGAAAAACACAUGGAAGAACCUGUUAGAAAAGACCAUCUCCUCGGCCUCUGGAGGCAGUGAAGCCACCAAGCAAGGAUCAACAGCUAUCCCAACUGACCAAUCAGAAGCCUACAUGCAUACUGGUGGGCAGGGUUAUGUGGGAGGACGAGCUAAAAUGGCUGAUGCUGCUCUUCAAGAUGUCAGGACACUAAGACUGUUGAUCCUUGGAUCCUUGGAUCCUUUAGAGGCUGCCAGUCAGAAGCAGAAAGUGACAUCAUUGUCCUCACAGCAAGAAGGGCAGGAGAUGCCUUGCCAGUCACCAAAAGGCCGUUCACACCUGGAGAUGCUGAGGCAUGAAACGAGGCCCUGCCAAUCACGAGCAAGCAUACGGCAGCGCAUGAUAAAAAAUGUGGAUGGAAUCUUUCAAUCAAUGAAGGGGCUGAUGAAAAACCUGCAUCAGCUUAGGGAGAUUGAAGCACUGUAGACUGCUCACAAUGGUGAGAAAAAAGUCACCUGUCAGUCAGUUCAGAUGACACCAUCCAUGGGUCUUCCUCCAUUAUCAGGACACCAUCUAUUUAUCUUGGGUCGAGCGAUGGUAACGAAGAAGGGCCAACAGAACCAGUUCAGCCCAAGAUCCAUUCUACAGGAUUUUGAUUUAUUACACGAGACAUUGUAAAGAGUUUUACUUACACAUUUGAAACAUGAACACACACAUACUAAGGGUGUGGCAUUCCUGCCAUUUCAUACAUCCUGUGUAGCUCUUUACUAGAAUCCCAGCAUGCCUUUCUCCUGGGAGAAACCUGCAAAUAUUGUAUUGUCUGCAACUGAGAAGAGAGACAGGACAGACGAACCUUCAGCUCAUGCACCGAGUUGGAAUAAAAAGCAUUCAAAUGAAAGUCCAGAUAUGUGAGGUGUUUUUUUUUUAUUAGGUAAAGCUAAAGUUGGAACAAGGGAACUGAGGUGACAGUUUAAAAAAAAAA